AGAAUGAUGACAAACUGAUCAUGUGCCUGUCUCACUUUGUUUACCUAAAUGUCAGCCAGCCAGGACAGCUGGGUUCAUUUACCCUCGGACCUGAGCCAGUGAGGUUGUUCCAAAACAUCUGGGGACCGUAAAGCCAACAUGACCAGUGGGCGUUGUGUGUUUGUCCUGUUCUCCCUCCUGCGUGUGUCGCUGAGUGUGGAACUGUCAGGGCUGUAUGGAAGCUUCACCUCCCCCAACUUCCCCCAGCCAUACCCUGACAACCAGCGCACAGCGUGGAACAUCAGCGUCCCAGACGGUCACAGGGUCAAAGUCUACUUCACCCACUUCAGCGUGGAACCCUCCCACCGGUGUGAAUACGACUACAUCCAGGUUUUGGUGGAGGGGAAAGAAACCUUGCGGUUCUGUGGUGAGGAGGAGAAGAACUACGAAAGCGCUCCGAGGAACACCGUCAUCCUGUCAGCCGGAAACCUCAUGUCAGUGGUCUUUAGGAGCGACUACUCUAACGAGGGCCGAUUCACCGGCUUCCGAGCGUUUUACGCUGCAGAAGAUAUCAAUGAAUGUCUGUCCAAGAUUGAAGAGGAGAAAGCUUGUGACCAUUUGUGCCAUAAUUACAUCGGUGGGUAUUACUGCACCUGCAGGCAGGGAUACCUUCUACACGACAACAAAAGAACCUGCACAGUGCCAUGCCACAGCCAGGUGUUGACCUCACCAUCGGGGGUCCUGACCAGUCCCGGCUACCCGGACCCUUACCCUCCCAUGAUUCAAUGUGACCACACCAUCCGCCUGCCAGAGGGCUACAGGAUAAUCCUGGACUUCCUGGAACCCUUUGACGUAGAGGGACACCCAGAUGUCCCCUGUCCGUAUGAUAUGUUGAAGAUUGCGACAGCUGGACAGGAGUACGGACCUUUCUGUGGAUCAACCGCACCAGCCCGCAUUGACACAGGAAGUUACCAAGUGCAUGUUGGGUUCAGAUCCGAUACUGGUGGCAAAAACAAGGGGUGGAAGAUCAAGUACACGAGCAGGCUGAAUGCCUGACUUUAACUUACGACUGAAGGCUUACACACGUUAAACACAACCUGAACAUUUAUGGUUACUUCACACAACCAUAAUUUAGGUGAUGAAGUUUGGAUAUUGUGUUCAGGCUAGCAGACGUAUUAUCUUAAAGGAGAUAUAUUUGCUCAUAUUUCAGUUCAAAAUUCUUAUUUGUUCAUAUUUAAAAAAGGUUUACAUACUCGUUUUUUUUUUUUUGCCUCUGUUUGAAAUGCUUUGUUUUGUGGAUGGUCACACAUACAUGAAAACAAGCGAAAGAUAAUCACAUGUUCAGAAAAGUUGAUCUCUGUGGAUUUGCUUCACCCCAGGAAGCGAAUGUUUUAUUCCCCCCCCCCCCUCGCUACCACAGAAUAAGUGCAUGUGACCGUGCACUUAAGCUCCUGUCUAUCCUUAAGGCUCGUGUGGGAAAUGUCUGUCUCUUGCCGCGUGCGUCUCUUGCAACGGGGCGUGUCGGACUAGCCACUUGAUGUAGGUACAUUAUGCUCACAAGCACAAUCCUUUGCAAUUCGGCUAAAUACACAAGAUAAAAAUAUAUAACACACUAGAGGAAAGAGAAAAACUGAAUAAAGAAUAAUAUACUGUAUCUCCUUUUAAUGCUUCUUUAAUAUCACAUCGUGAACUAGGCACAACAAAGACCUGCCAAAUUUCAAGCUAUUUCAUUGCGUGUAUUCAAUUUAUAUAAUUUUGAUCAACAAUCAUUUUUAACCCCUUUUAUGUUGUUGUUUUUUUUUGUGCUUAUUUUUAAAUUUUUCUACUGCAAAUAAACCAAGGCUAUGAACAAA